UCCGGUUGAUGGAACAGCAAUCCUUGAUGGUGGAGUAGCGAUGGGGGAAAUAUAUGGGUUCACGAGCAAAUUCAGUUCCUAUUCGAUGACACAGCUAAACGAAUUACUGGAGGACGAUGAGAAGCUCAGUGAAAUUGUUAAGGAGCUGGACGAGAUGCAGGAGAUGCAGCAGACUAAAGAGAUGACCAUCGCCAGUAACCGCAGUCUUGCAGAGCAGAACUUCAGCCUCCAGCCCAGUUUGGAACAACAAAAAAUGCAGCUAACCAAGCAUUACUGCCGUUUACAGGAGCUCUAUGAGGCCCACCAGCUCCGCAAAUGCACUCUUGAUCACCACUCAGGGAAAAGCUCGCUGGACACACUGUUGGCCCUACUACAAGCUGAAGGUGCCAAAAUUGAGGAGGAAACAGAGAACAUGGCAGACUCCUUCCUUGAUGGUGAGUUGUCUCUGGACACCUUCAUCGAAACCUAUCAGAGCAAGAGAAAGUUGGCUCAUUUGCGGCGUGUGAAGAUCGACAAGCUGCAGGAGAUGGUGCUUAAAUGUUUCCAGAUGCCACAAGCAUCCACAGAGCAUGGUAAUUCUCAGACGUCCACCUCCACUGCACCCUUCCAUGACCAGGUUAAUGGCUCCCCACUUGCUAUGAGGGCAGCACCUUCAACUUCAGCCCAUCAAACAGGGCAGCAGAUCACUUUACCCUACCCAGCAACUCCUUACCCUCCUGUCCAAAUGCCCAGCAUGGUGCCAUCCUACACAGGUCCACUAACGCAGUCGUACACACCAGCAUUUCCUCAGAGGCCUGGUCUUCCCCCGAGGACUGGCUUCAUCAUGCAGUGAAAUAAUACUCAAGCAUUUUUAUAUGUAAAUUAAUUAACCUGGGCAUUUACCCUGUUGGUAAAAAUGAAGUUUUAUGUAAGCACUUUGGUCUUGUACAGGUUUAUCCUCAAGUGUUGAUGGAUUAUUCUAAACUGUUCUUACUUUAUUAUUAUUAUUAUUAUUAUUAUUAUUAUUAUAAAUAUUUACCUUUAUCCACAAAAGUGACUAACAAUGUCCAACAAAAUAAAAAUAAAAAGUAGUCCUUGGAUGUUAAAACCAACAAAUAAUGGAACUAGCUCUGCAAAAAAUCCCCAAGUUUUACAUACGAGUGAAAUAGUGUGACCAGUUUAAAAUGAUCAGAAGUAUCAAAUCCUAAACUGAUCAUUAUAUACAGUACCAAUCAAAGGUUUGCACAUAUCUGUCAAUGGUUUGGAUACAAAUUUCAAUUCAUUUUCUACAUUCUAAAACAAUACUGGAUUUUUUUUUUUUCAGAAUAAAAUAACAUAUGGAUUAGGUAAUUAUGAAACAACAGUCAAUUGUUAUUUUAACACAAAAAGAUCAGCUCUUCUGGAACAGUUCUGGAACACUAUUGUCAAGUGCAUUUGCAAAACUAGUCAAGCACCAUGAUGAAACUGGCCCUCAUGAAGACCAUCCCAGGAAAGCAAGACCAAACUUAACUCUGCUGUGGAGAAGUUCAUUAACAGUUACCAGCCUCAAAAAUCACCAAUUAACAGCAGCUCAGAUUACAGUGUUAGGAAGGCUUUGCAGAGCAUAAGUAGCAGACACAUCUCAAUAUCAACUGUUCACAGGAGAUUAUUGCAUUGCAUAUUUCAAAUGCCUUUAGUAUUGUUCUGCAAUGUAGAAAAACAUACAAAUCAGGAAGGGUCAUGGAAUUAGAUGGUGUAUCCAAACAUUUGACUGGUAAUGUGCGCUGUCUGGCAAAAAAAAGUGGCACACUCCAAGUUUUCAUUGACUUAAGCUAUGAUUAUGGUGCAUGGUGUGAUGGUUGCAUUCAUAUGCAAACAUGAUUCCCUCAUGCUCACAGAUCCAUGCUCUCACAACUUGAAUCCUGGAGUAACCUGGUCAUUCAGUACAUUCAGGUCAUCAGAUGUCUUAAUUUUAUUGCCACAUAUCGUUGCUGGGCCUAGCUAGAUCUGACCAGCUGAAGCAACCCCAGAUCAUCGAGAUCAUCCAGAGGCUCCAGAGGCAUGAUGGAUGCAUUGCUUUAUGUGCUUCCCUUUUUACCCUGACACACCUUUUGCUUUGAAAUAGGAUUAAUCGGCACUCAUCAGACCAUAUGACCUUUUUCCUUUGCUCCAAAGUCCAAUCUUUAUAUUCCUUAUGCACUAACACGUGGUUUUCUUAUGGCCACAUAACUGUUAGGUCAAAAUCCCAGAGCAAAGAAAUGCUCUUACUUUCACUAUUUCAUAGCUGUAAUUUCUACUGUUAGUUUUUGAAACAUGCAUCUUUUCUAAGCAUUUAAGUAAUUCCCGUUCACAUUUUUUUUUCUUACCACAUUUCUUCCAUGAAGUUAAAGGUUCGGUACAGUCUUUAAAGGUUUUAAUAAUGUGUUGGACAGCUUUUAACCAGUUUCAGUCAUUUAAAAUCAUGUUUAUUGUUUUUCGUUACUUGAUGCAGACUAAUAAUUUGACCUUUUUAAAGUGGUGACUUUUUUUUUUUGCCCGAACAGUGUGUUUGUGUAUACGUCUAUACUUUCCUUAUGUAAUUUCCAUAUAGAAUUUACAUUUCCAUAUGUGUAUAUACAUCUAUAUACAUAUAGAAGUUCUCCAAAGUGAGUACACCCCUCACAUUUCAGCAACCACUUUCUUAUAUGUUUUCAAGGGACAAUACUGUAGAAAUAAAAAUUGGGUAUACUUCAGUAGUUGAUGUGCAACUUGUAUAGCAGUACAUAUUUACUGUCUUUUAACAAUAACUCAACAUGCAGACUUUAUUGUGUAAAUAACUGUCAACGAAAAUUUGUCCACCCUAAGUGAACCUGUCAAAACUGUGUCAAUAUUUUGUGUGAGCUCCAUUGUUCUCUAGCACAACCUUAAUCUUCCUGGGCAUUAAAUUUACCAUGUUAUUGCUGGGAUCCUCUUCCACUCCUCCAUAGUGAUAUCACAGAGCUGCUGGAUGUUGGACACAUGGUGCUUCGCCACUUCGCACUUGGGUGCUUAAUAGGGUUUGGGUCUGAAGAUAUACUUGCCCACUGACAAACACGUGAACAUUAACUAUAAGACAUGUGACUUUGCAUGGUGAAAGAUGUACAGCAGUUAUCACUUAGGGUGAACUCACUUUUGUUGCCAACUAUUUUAACAAUAAUGUUCAGUUAUUUUCAGAGGACAGUAAAUCUAUAUUAUUAUACAAGCUGCACAAUGACUACUCUAAAAUAUAUCCAAGUUUAAUUUCUAUAGUAUUGUCCUUUGUCUUUAAUGGCAUGCCAGCUUCUACUGCUAUAUUCAUGGCGAGAGUCAGCUUUUGUAUUCAGUAUUAUUCGAUAUUAAAAUAUUUAGUUAUUUAAUAUUAAAACUAGAUAAGAUGGUAAAGUAUUGUCCUUUGAGAAGAUAUACUGAAUUGUUUGCUGAAAUUAGAGGUGUGUACUCACUUUUGUGUGUGUGCAUGCAUGCAUACAGUGUGUGUAUGUGUAUAUAUGCAGUAUGUGUGCACACAUACACAAGCAUUUUGAGGAAAAUGUAAAUUAUAUAAGGAAGGAUUAUGCUGUGCAAGUAAGGAUAUAUGAUGCAUUCAAAGAAAGACACAAGAGCUAACCCAUUUGUGCUGGAUUUUGGAUUUAACUGGCCAGUAACCAAAGACACUUUACCUGCCUCUCUGAAGCAUAAGAUUUUAUUUAAUUUUAUUUUUAAGUCAUUGCCAUUCUAAUCUGUCUUAAAAUUGUAACAAAACAAUUAGAGGUAGCAGAAAAUUCAGCAUUAAGCUCUGAACCGAUCUGAUUCAAAUCAUGAAGCGUUACAUGACUUGUAAUGUUGUAAAUGGCAUUUGUACUAU